GUGUAUGAUCAAUUCCCAAAAAAUAUACGUACAUAAAUAAAUACUUCUAGGUUAUAUUCCAACACUGCAAUUCUCAGUCCAUCUACCAAUUCAUCAAUCCUCGGAGAGCUGAGCUUCCGUCAAAGGAUCAAAUGGGUGAAAGCAUGGAUAUUUUGAAAUGGCUAGGGCAAGACAUGUCAGUAAAGAUCUUUACGUGUUUGGAUGACCCUUUUGAUCUUCUUCGAACGAGUGCGAUUUCGCGGUCUUGGCGCGAGCUUGUGAUUGGUAAUGGCCUAUGUAAGAAGCUUUGUUUGAGGAAGUUUCCGGAAGCGGCAUGUUUUGCCCGUGUUGUUGUAGCGAAAGACAUUAGGGAAGUUUCCGGUGAAUGGGCUAGCCUGGAGAGGGAGCACAGAGUGUAUGCAUCAUUAGGUAGAAAUCUUAUGACUUCUGGCAGAGAAAGUUGCAUAACGGAUGCUGUCUGUGCGUCUAGCACAGAUCGCUAUCCAGACGAAAGCAUCAAGAAUACUCUGGAACCAAGUGACAGGACUUUUCUCGGGCCUUCGUAUUGGUCGAGCAACGGUGCAACUCAUCCCUCUGGUUCAGAGACAUUGAUUUAUAAACUGGCUUCUCAGCUAUGUUUGAUCACUGAGUUACAGGUGCAUCCAUAUGAAGCAUAUUUUCAUGAGGACUGCCCCACAUAUUCACCCAAAGCUGUGAGGUUUCACCUGGGCUAUUCCAAGGACCCUCUGGAGAUAGAUGAUGAAGAAGCAGAUGAGUUCAUGGAUCCCAAGGAAUACCAUGAGGAAAUGUUUGUCUGGUCAUAUAGCUCUCCAGAAUUCGCAAUGGCUCAGGAAAAUUUAUUGCAAAAGUUUAAGCUUCCCAAACCCAUUCUUUGCAUUGGAGGAAUGCUUAAAGUGGAGCUGUUAGGAAGAUUGCAGAUUGCAGAACUGGACGGGUUGUACUAUAUAUGCAUCAAUCAUGUUCAAGCUAUAGGACUACCACUCUCCCCUGUAUUUGACGUGGAAAUGAUUGGCGACAGAGGAAAAUGCACCCUCAAGUACAACCCUGUGUAGUUAGUCGAUAGACGACUAUGACUCUGAUAAUUAGUCACAGUUUUCCCGAGUGAUGCCAUCCAUCCUCGUAUGCUUUUUGCUUCUGUAUCUCAUGUACUUUGACAUCUCUUGCUACUUGAAUAGAGAAUGAUCGUUAAAGUUUUCUUGAAA